UUGCACGGCGAGACUUCUGACGCACCCGGUUCCCGGAGCCAAAUAUCUUUCUCCUCUCAACGAAGGGCAAGUUAACGGCAUUUAAAUAUCGGAAUCAACAUCUUAUCCAGAACGGUCUUUAAAACGUGAACUUUGUUAGUUGUGAUUUGUGAUAUACGAGCUCGGUAUUAACUCUAACCUACGUCGCUGUGAAGGUAUUUUUACAGACGGCGAACGGGCUGACAGCUCAGGAUUCUCCUUAUCCCAUCACCGCGUCUCUUUUCACCGGCAUCAAUAACGUUUAGUUCACCUUAGGUUACGCUGAAAACUCCACCUAGCUGAGUUAAUGUGUCCAAGGGAAUUACUGCUAAGAGGUCCCGUUUUUCGUCUCAUGUGAAGUCCUCGUAUGUGUUCGUGCUGAGGAGUCGGGUUUGUAAGCUAACCGGCAGCUGCUCGCUUUUGCUUUCAAUGCCGGCUGACAUCGAGGGGCAUGUGACGUUGCCAUCAGGGCUCGAGCUUUAACGGUGCCGCUCAGCCGUUCUCUGACUGAGCUCUCAGCCGGGUCACACUGCAGCUCGUGGAGCUUUAGACUGUUCGUGAUGCACCAGCAGGGCUCGUUGAUGCCCCCCUUGCUCGGUGAUGUGUUCUGCCAGUGCCGGUCGGCCGGGGUCGACCCGGGCGGCGGAGGCGGCCACGCCGAGGACCCUUCAUCAGUUUCCCCAUCUAAACCGGUCACCCGACAGCCCGUGGCCGGUGACUGGCACUCUGACCCCAGCCAGUCAGCGCAUACAUGUGACACAUGUGGAGGUCCCGAGCAGGAGCACAGGCUCAAAGUACUGUUCCAGGUCCUGGAUGUAAACGGUGAUGGAGGCAUCUGUGUCAACGACCUGACGAUUGGGCUGAAGAAAUUAGGGGUUCAUCGCACCGAACAUGAGCUCAUGAAAAUAGUGAAAGCCGGAGACAAAGACCUGGACGGGCAGUUAGACUUUGAGGAGUUCGUUCAUUAUCUCAGAGACCAUGAGAAGAAACUCCGGCUGGUCUUCAAGAGCCUGGACAAGAAGAACGAUGGCCGGAUCGACUCACAAGAAAUCAUGCAGUCUCUGCGUGACCUGGGGGUGAACAUCUCUGAGGAACAGGCUGAGAAGAUUCUCAGAAGUAUGGAUAAAAACGGCACAAUGACGAUUGACUGGAACGAGUGGCGAGAUUAUCACCUCCUGCAUCCAGCUGACAACAUUCCUGAGAUCAUCCUCCACUGGAAACACUCCACGAUCUUGGAUGUUGGGGAGAGUUUGAUGGUGCCUGACGAGUUCACGGCAGAAGAGAAGAAAACGGGAAUGUGGUGGCGACACCUGGUGGCUGGAGGAGGAGCUGGGGCGGUGUCUCGAACCUGCACGGCGCCACUGGACAGGCUCAAAGUCCUCAUGCAGGUUCAUGCCUCCAAGAGCAACAGCAUGCAUAUCACUGGGGGCUUUGCCCAGAUGAUCCGAGAAGGCGGUGUGAGGUCACUGUGGCGAGGCAACGGCAUCAACGUCAUCAAAAUCGCCCCUGAGUCUGCUAUUAAGUUCAUGGCCUACGAACAGAUCAAACGAUUAAUUGGAAGUAACCAGGAGACGCUGGGCAUCGCAGAGAGACUGGUGGCCGGCUCUCUGGCUGGAGCUAUCGCUCAGAGCAGCAUCUACCCCAUGGAGGUCCUGAAGACACGGUUAGCCCUGAGGAAGACGGGCCAGUACUCAGGCAUCUUGGACUGUGCCAAACAUAUCUUCCAGAGGGAAGGCGUGGCUGCUUUUUACAAGGGCUACGUCCCCAACAUGCUGGGCAUCAUCCCCUACGCUGGUAUCGACCUGGCUGUCUAUGAGACUCUGAAGAACUCGUGGCUGCAGCGCUUCGCUACAGACAGCGCUGAUCCAGGAGUGUUUGUGCUUCUGGCCUGUGGCACCACCUCCAGCACAUGUGGCCAGCUGGCCAGCUACCCACUCGCCCUGGUCAGGACUCGAAUGCAGGCACAAGCUACCCUGGAAGGAGGCCCUCAGAUGAACAUGACGGGCCUGUUCAGACACAUCAUUAGGACCGAGGGACCCAUGGGACUCUACAGAGGCCUGGCGCCCAACUUCAUGAAGGUCAUUCCGUCUGUCAGCAUCAGUUACGUGGUGUACGAGUACCUCAAAAUCACCCUAGGGGUCCAGUCAAAGUGAGCACGGAGGCAGACAGAAGAAAUCAAGAGGCCAAAGGUUUUGUUUUGUUUUGGGUUUUUUUGUGCUUAAGUUUGACUACGCUGGGAUCUAAGAAACAAGCAGCUAAGAUGCUUUACAUUUAAAUCAAGUUAUCAAAUUCCAGGGUUUAAAAGAUAAAAGUCAGGUGAUGCAAACGAUGUAGGGAGGCCGACAAAGACUUUAUGGAUGGAGGAAAGCUUAACUGAAGCUGUUUCUGUUGUGGUUUGCUGUUGUUUGAAUCAUUCCCUCAGCAUUUCAGAAGCUCUUCUGCACCUGUUCACUUUGUUUAGGAAGACAAAAGUUUACAUCGAGUUCACUGAAGGUGAACAUACCUGGUUGUUUUGGGUACUGACAGUGCUGUGGCAGGAGAAGAAUUAAUCUUGAAGGGCUUUGCUAAGAUAUAUCACAAAGCAUUCCCCGUGUCUCCCUGCUGACUGACUGUGUACAGAGCUGAGGUGUAGGUCUGUAAAUUCCCUUUGUGGAUGUAAUAUGCUCCUUUAUGUUCAUUUCGAUGUGUUCCCACGGCUUUCUGUGAACCAAGAUGAUCCAUGGUCAAAAGAAGGCUUAAUGAAGUUAGGAAGUUAGUAAAAAUAUACUCAACUACAAGCUCCUAAUAUUUCAUCGAGGCUUCUCAUGUCUACAAACUUUACUGUGGACUGAGAGAUACUUUGUAGUGCCAUCAUUUAUACUUUAUAGUUCAUUUACCUGCAUGAAGACAAAAUUCUAGUCAUUCACAUCCCAGUGCACAGGCCUCCUGCAGUUAAUGCAUGACAGGCCACGCACAGAGAAAAAAAAAAAUCACAACUAAACUGUCACAAAUAAUACUUGAUUCUUCAGCUUGUGGAGAGAAUUUAGCAACUUUGUUUUCAGAUGUUUGCAGUUUCUUUGAUCUGUUCUUUGGCAGACGUGUUUCUUUUCAGAUACACUUCAACCCCACACCACCCCCACCAUCGCCACUCAGGCCUAAAAUGUGAACUCAUCAGCAUUCAUGUCAUGACAUUACCCAAACACAUCAGUGCUUCCAAAGGGAUGCAUCUUGGAAGUUUGUAAGUUGAAUUCCCCCCUUUUCAUCCAGUGCUACCUUUAUAUUAACCUCAUCCUACCUCUGGUAAGGAUCUAGGAAUAGUAGAACCAUUGUUUGUUCCGUCCAGUACGUUUGGUGCUGUGGGGGCGGCAGGAACAUUACAGUUAGUGGGGACGUUAUGAAAGAGCAGGUGGAAAAGGUGUUGAUUUGGGUUUUGUUGUGCUUUUCCAAAAAAAAAAAAAAAAAAAAACCCAUUCAUUUUAAAUGCAAAGCUGAAGAUUCAGUCCAGCCUGAGCUGUCAGGCAGUCAGACUUUAUGCACUUUGAUGGUCCUUGAUGUAAAUAUGUAGAGCAGUGACAGUGUUUUUAUUGGCUGAGGUUUGUAUUAGGUAGAAUAACUUUUUCCCGGCCUUAACAUUUAAAACCAGACUGUGGCACUUUUGCUGAACAAGUGACAAAUACAGGAUAAGGAGACUUUGAAUUUCCUUUUUUUUUUCCCCCAAGAUUCUCUUGAGUCAGUUGCUUUAAAUCCAUCAGUUACACUCAGUCAGCAGCUUUAUAAAGCAAAAUGUGACCACAAGCAGGAAACAACAUGUCUCCUGUGUGUUUACUUCUUGUUCUACAUUUGUGAUAAAACUACUGAAAUUUUCAUGUGACCUGAUGAAAUGUAGUGUAUGUGUAGCACAUUAACAGAAAGGUUAUAAUGUUAGUGAACUGACUAAAGGAGGAAUGUCAGUUAAGCGGCAAAACCAGGAGGGAGCUAUUGGCUUCAUUUAAAAACAGCUGACUUGUUGUUGUAGAAUUGAGUUUGUCGUUUAGCAUUUACCUUUUAAACUGAGUGAUAGCAACAGAAAGAGAGCAGCAACAACUGAAGGUGCAUGGGUACCUUUGAUGGGCUGGUUGUGAUAGUGACAGAGGAGUAUAAACAGCAGUCAUCUCUGAUACAAGAGAUCGCCAAGGAAACCCGCAGUGUGGAAAACUUCACACUCCCUGCCAAAUGAAAAGGUUGAAUUCUUGCCAUGAUUACAGACAUUUUACAUUUUUUAAUCAGUGCUCCCGUUCACUGAGAAACUUUAGUUUUACUGUAGUUGCGGCUAAGGCAGGCAUAAGCUGUUAUCACUCAACACCAGCUGAUCCUGGUUUUACAGCAAAGUUUUAUUUUUCUUUGUGUUUAACAAUGUUACUCUGCAGCAGUUGUUGAGGAAAACUGGUGACAGACAGUUAGAAAAAGCAAAAACAAUAUUAAUUAUUAAAAUCUCAUAGAUGUAAACAAAUAUAUAAAUCAAAAUGUUAGGGAGUCUUUUGUUGUUGCUGUUUUUUGUAUUUUUCUUUUCUUUUUCAUAAGACACCACACUGUGUUACUUUCAUCAAACAUCACAAUGAUCUUGUUUUGAGUUGGCAGCAUUAUUUUUCAGUAUCAACAAUAUGAUAUUGUGAGAGUUCAGAGGUCCUUCCUAAAACCGUGUAUGGAAGCUUUAGCAUUCCUCCUUUAAUUCCUGUAUAAUGUUUCAGUUAUCAUAUGUUCAGCAUGUGCGACUUUCAGUUUUCCUUUCCUCUAGAUUCAUAUGAACAUUCAAGAAAAAAAUAGAAGUGUAUUGACUACAGGAGAGACAAGGAUUUGCAGUUUAGAUUUCUGUUAAAGUUUUUUUUUUUUUUUUUUUUUUGAAAUGCUGUUGAAAGCUGGAUCUUUAUGGAAUAUUUCACCACCUCGUUGGCUUAAGACAUUUCCCAGCCUCAUCCGAUGUAAAUCAGCAGUCCUUUAAGUCACCUGACAGGACAUCCAAGCAGAGGAAGGACUCUCAGCCUGACUGAUGCCUGUGUCAAAUGGUCACAGAUUCCCAUUAGUGCCUUGUGUGCCAAGCCUCUCUUACAUAAAUGCACCCAAACACUACAGGAGCUGGAGUCUGUGGGACACUGAAUGCACUUUAAGGUACUCUGCUUUAAUUCCAGUUUUUGUUUUAUUUAUUACUAUAUUUAUUUAUUUAUUCUCUCAAAAAAAAAAGGAAUAAUGACUGCAUUUGUGAUCUGUUGGUUGUACUGAAUCAUUUUAUCUUUAUGAGGCUUUUUUUUUUUUUUCUCGAGGAACCUGUGGUCUUGGUGGAAAAACUGAGGUUCACGGUUUGUUUUUGAGUGACGGAAGUGACUUUGACACGAGUCGAAGCCUUGGAGUCCCAAAGUGUUCAAUAUUAAAUAUAUAAAGGGGGGAAAUGAAAUAAAAAAUCAUAUAAAUAUAUGAAAAACCAAAUAAUUUGUUAAAUCUACAUCUAAACUCUUUUUAUUUGAUUAUAGACAUUUUUAUAUCAAUAUGUCCUUUUUUAAAAAAAAAAAUCUGUUUUUAUUUCAUAAUGGUAGUUUUCCCAAUAACACUUUUAUUUGAUGUCAAGUUUUAUUUCCACUCACUACCUGUUAGCUAAAGAAACUAUCUGGCUAUGUCAAGCUCUGAACAGAAAGAGCACAGACAGAGAAACUAAGGUCUCAGUGUAACAAGGCUGCUAAUGCUAAUGCUACCUACCUAGUUGGUAGCUAAGUAGCUAAAUUAGCUUGUGAGCUUUAAAGUGAGGAGCCAGUGUUAGCUGUUAGCAAGCUCAGUUGGUGGGAGCAAGGAUGAAGACACUGUCUUUUUGCUCUUCACAAAGUUGUGUCUUUAGCAUCAAAGCGUUGCAGAGUUAACUGAGUUAACCACCUAAGAUUAACACUGCAUCGUUAGCAUGUGCAGCCUUGUUUAGCUAAAUAAAUAAAAGGAGAUGUUAGUUUCAGUGCUUUGGUACUGUUUAUUUACAGCAGCGGCCUCUUGGCUGGUUGAUUCAGACGUAUUUUGACAUUGUUGUUGCUCUAGCUAACGGGAACUAACUAUUAUUGAACAUUUUGGGUCUCCAUAUGAAGAUUCCUUUGAAGAUUACCCUCAGCAGCAGUUUGUUAUGAUGAUACAACUGAAAGCAUUUCAGCUGCAAAUGCUGCUCAGGCAUCAGCACAGCCUGCUAUCAAGAGUAAACACAUUCUGGACAGUGAAACAUACAAUCUGAACAGGAUCUCUGCUGAAUACUGAAUCAAGUAUGUGUUGUGAAAUGUACUGUAGUAAAAGGAAGGAUGUAUUCAGGCGAGCUCGCCUCCUCUACAAACCAACGUGCUGUACAAUCUGUGUACGUCUGUGGUAGACCUGCAGUCUCACAUGUUGGACUGUCUGCUUGUGACCUUUAGAAUGCCAGGCUGCUUUUUGUCAGCCGCCUUACUCCAGCAUAUCACGUCUGCUUUCGAAACCACGCUGUGUCUUCGUGGCAGGUGGAGGAGAGAUGAUGGGCUUAUGUUUGCUCAGCUGAGCACUGAUCCUCAGUCCAUCCGUCUUUCCUCCUCUUGCUUCCUGGCAUGAGUGUUUAUCUGACCCCUUGCUCUGAUAUCAUAUAUGCAUAAAUUUGUGACACAGAAUGAUGUCACCCUGUGGCUGCGUGUAAAUGUUUUUUUUCCAUAUUUUGUAGGGUGAAAUGUAACUCUCUAAUGUCUUAACAGUAGCCUUUAAUGUCUGUUGUACUGACCAAACGGCAGUAAGGCAAAUCGCCAGUGGAACUUGAAAUGUACAGGAACUGCUAGACUAUACAAACUGAAGGCUACAAUGUAUAUUGGUAAAUGGUGGUAUAAUUACAAAAUGUAUUCAGUAUAUAUAUUUCUAUUUUUAUUUUAUUAUGCUAGUUGUAAGUGACAGAGAUGCAAGAAUGAGUAUGUGAGUACUUUUGCAGUAGCUGCUUGUAGAUGCAUCCACUGAAGGAAUGUUAUGAAAAGGAUAUUUAUGCUCCGUAUGAGAUCAGCUGUUAAAUAAACUAGUUCAGCAUCGAA